CCUGCACGCAAGCGCGCGCGCGCACGCACGCACACACACACACACACACACACACACACGCAUUCACACACACUCUUCAGCGCCCGCCCCCGACGCUGUGACCAUGGACGACGAUUCCCAGGAAACGAAUGAGUCUCUGUUCCUGUCGCGGCUCGGACUCUGCCAGUCUAAGACCUCGGGUGAUGAUGAAAAUGCCAGCAAGGACCCCAUCUUCGAUCCUGAACCGGUUACUGCCCACUGCUUCAAGCCGUUCAAGCAGAAGGAUUUCCACCUGCCUCAGAGCCGCCGGCGGAUCAUCAUCUUGCCCCAAAACGAGGAUCCAAUACCCAUCAAUCUCACGGCCCAAGCCCAGACUCCCCCACGGCCAAUCUCCAGCUUUAAAGCCCUGGGAGCCGGGGACAUCCCAGGGCAGCUGGAGGAUGCGAGGACCUGGCUCAGCCAGAGGCUGAAACUUCGGCAGAACCUGGAGUCAUUUGGCGACACAGAGAAGUGGCUGCAGAACAAGCCUUGCCUCACCCCUUCAGAGGCCAAGGUCUUACACAUGAUCCAGGAGGAGCAUGAGGCCCAGUUGCUGGCCUGUCUGACUCCUACCAGAGCCACCAAGAAGAGCCCCCGGCCUUCCCGCCGACCUGUGCCCCAGCUCCGACUGCCCAAGCCCUCUGCCUUGGCCACCUUGUACUCCUACCUGCGCAGCCGCAAGAUCAAGAUCCUGGAGAUAUUCAGCAAGGUGGACCGGAGUGAGAACCAGAGGAUCUCUAGGGAGGAGUUCAUUGUGGCACUGAAGGCGAUUGGAGUCCCUCUGAAAAACCAGGAGGUGGAGGAUGUUGUGAUCUAUCUCAGUUCUCUGGGAAAGUGCAACAGCAUCACCACGGAUAUCCUGGUCAACAACUACAAGCAGUGGUCUUUGGCUCAGCAGAGAAGCACCCUGUCAACUGCAAGGGAGUAUUACAGAUCCGCCAAGCACAGAGGCUCCCCACAGAGUGCAUCCAAGAAGCAGAUGGAUUUGGCCCCACAGCCUCGAAAGAUGGACCUGCUGACCGUGCCCGUGGUCGACACCCAGAUGGAGGCACGGCCCAUGACUCUGGAGGAGAUGGAGGAUGUUGGCAAGCGGUACCGCGAGAGGAAGCGGCAGCACAAGCUCAAGAUCCCCUCCAUCCAGUACAUGGAGCGGUGCCGCCUGGUGCGCAGUGGGAACAAGCACUUUGAUGAGCACUGCCUCCCGUCCACCAUCCACGGGGAGAUGAGGGAGCUCGUCAACAUGUCCCGCAGGGACACUUUUCUGGUCUACCUGCAGUGCUAUAAGCUCUGUGAGUACUACGGCCUUCCGCUGACGGAGGAUGUCCUCAUGAAAGCCCUGCUGUACCCGGGGGACAAGAUCAUUUUCCAGAAGGACCAGGUGCGCCCGAUCCGACAACCGGGAGGCUACUACUCAGACUUGAAGAUCUUCAGUCCCAAUCUGACCCUGCUCAAGCUCCAGGGCUUCAGCGAGGCUCUGGCUAAGAAGGCUGACAAGAAAACUUCGAAGAAAAUCAAGAAAAUACACUUUAAGGAGUUUGGGGAAUUCACCAGGAAGCUGAAAGUGAAGAGCCCCACAGGUCCACAACGAACUCACCCCAAUUUCUUCUGGCCGGGUCACCUCCUGGACAAGUUACAGCUCUACCUGCCCACUGUGGCCGUGGACCGGAGCCUGGCGCUCUUCAGUUGCGUCCAACCGCAGCCCCAUGCCUACUCAGCCACCUACCACCCCAAACACUGGUGGCCCAUUGGGAACAUGAACUACAUGACCUGUGCCUAUUACGAUGCUCCCAAGGUCUACUACAUCAACUAG